CUGCACUUCUCCCCUCCGUCUCCCACUAGAGAUUAGGGUUUUUGAAUAUGAACACCACAGUCGCUCACUGUUUGAGUUAAGUGAAUUAGGCACGCCGAGCAGAUCCAUAGAUAGAGAUGUGGAGGUAUGCAGUGACAGCAAGAGCAAGAGCAGCGUUCCUUUCGACGCAGGCGGCGGCACGGGAGCUGUCCGCAGCUCAUCCAAACCACAAGCUCUCAGAAAACCCUAGGGAUUCUGAUUCCGCUCAAGGAGAAGAGCUACCUGCUCCUGUGGGAUUUGGUGAAAAUGUUGAUUCCCAGCCGGACAAUCUUGCCCCUGGGGAUGGGGACGCGCAGGAGAAGUGUUCGGAGGGUGUUGAUGUAGAGUUGCGGAAAGGACAAGAGGUUUAUGAGAUUGAUUUGGAGCAGCUGGAGAGUGUAUUGUCUCUCCUUCAGAGCAGUGCUGAUGGGAGUCUUGAGUCUAAUUUUGAUGCUUUAAAUUUGACUCUGCAUCCUGAGUUUGUGGUUAAACUAGUCGAAACCCCGCUUGUUUUGGGUGAGAAUUUGAUUAGGUUUAUUAAAUGGGCUUUGAAGGAGAAACCCGAGUUUAGAGUCACUACUCACGUCCUCGAUGCGCUUGUACGAUCCACAUGUAGUGGCCUUGUUAGGAAGAGAGAUGUAUACUUUCUAUGGGAUUUUGUUAAGGAGAUUGGUGAGAAAGAAAAUACUUUGUUGAAUUUGGAAAUUCUCAAUGAAUUGAUAUCCUCAUUCUCAAAAUUGGGUAAAGGGAAAGCUGCUUUUGAGGUGUUCAACAAGUUUGCUGAUUUUGGAUGUGUCCCGAAUGCAGAUUCAUAUUACUUUACAAUUGAAGCACUCUGCAGGCGUUCAUUUUUUGAUUGGGCUCUGUCUGUUUGCGAGAAGAUGCUUGAUGCAGGAGUCUUGCCUGAUGGUGAGAGAGUCGGUAGGAUCAUAUCUUGGUUUUGCAAGGGCGAAAAAGCUAAAGAUGCCCAUUUGGUUUAUUCGUCAAUGAAGGUGAAGAUGCAGGACCUGCCACGCUCGCCAGUUAAUCUUUUGAUCAGUUCACUCUGUAGGGAGGAUGAAACUGUCAAUUUAGCUCUAGAGAUAUUGGGUGAUUUAUCUGGAGAAGCACGGAAAUAUGGGAUUAAGCUGUUUUCAGCUGUUGUUCAAGGAUUGUGCAGGAUAAAAGAUGUUGAUGGGGCCAAAAAGUUGCUUCUUGAGAUGACAAGGGAGGGCCCACACCCAGGAAAUGCAGUUUUCAAUUUGGUUAUCAAUGGCUAUUCUAAGGCUGGGGAUAUGGGAGAGGCAAUCGAGAUGAUGAAGCUAAUGGAGAGUAGGGGGUUGAAGCCAGAUGUGUAUACUUACACUGUUAUUAUGAGUGGUUAUGCAAAUGGGGGUCUGAUGGAGGAGGCUUGUAAAAUAUUAUCCCAAGCCAAAAACAAGCAUCCUAAACUGAGUCCUGUGACUUACCAUACAAUUAUCCGUGGAUUUUGCAAACUGGAAGAUUUUGACGAAGGUUUAAAGUUGUUGGGUGAGAUGAAACAUUUUGGGGUCCAACCUAAUGUUGAUGAGUACAAUAAGUUGAUCCAAUCUCUCUGUCUAAAGGCUUUGGAUUGGAGAACAGCAGAGAAAUUGCUUGAAGAAAUGAAGGAUAACGGGUUACAUCUCAAUGGGAUUACAAGGGGUCUUAUAAGAGCAGUCAAGGAACUACAGGAGGGGGAAAUAGAGAUUGCAGAAGCCUAAAAAGGUUAUCUGGUUUUUGGUACGCGGAUGCUACUAUGAGGACUUGCGAUAUAAAAGUGAAGCUUUGCAGUUUGUUUUGUUCGUGGUGCUUGUUAAACAUCUCUGCUUCUCAAUCAUAUAGAAAAUGAAGAUUGGAUUUUUUUUUUAUCAAUUUGUUAGUUGCCACUUGGGUAACUACAUAGCUAAGCCAGAGGCACGCCCCUGAAAAGUGGGGACUAGGUCCCCUUCCUUGCAACAUGCAAGUGUGCUCUUAUUUUCUGGGUGCCCUUUUGCUCCAUCUUGAUAUCAAUGGGGUAAAAUAGCUGCAGUCUUUGGCUUCGUUUUUACUACGAAUUUUAUACCUUUUAAUUUUUUUUCUUGUUUGGAUUUUGAUGUGAUUUAUGUUCUUAAACGCUAUUUGAAGGUUAAUGUUACUUGCUUAGAUGCAGUUAAAGCUCA